GACCUGCGCCGUUAUUUUCCGCCACCUUCCACGCACUUCAUCAGGCGGUUCCCCCCCUCGAUUGUCCUCCGCGGCUGUGGUAGCAGUGGGUCCAUCAACGACGCUAACACUGGAGCUGUAAAUUCAACAACGGGGGCUCCCGUUCAAAACGCUGCAGCACUCUCGACCAGCCAGCGCAGUGUGAUCACUUGCGACUCUCUCUGAAGCGACUUUUGUUUCGGAGAAGUGCAAAUUGAUAUCCCAAAACCACUGCCGCCGCGUAUCCACCGCAAAAAAUCCAAGCAAAUUGACGCAAACAUGGUCCAAAAUAAGAUAACCGAAGUUACUGGAUUCCACCGCUCUUUCAAGGGCCAGAAUCCAUUUGAAUCAGACGACUUCACCAAAAAUGGAUCCCAUCUUAUUGAUUCAUUUAAUUUUGAUUCUUCCCCGAGACACGACAUGCCCUCCAGCCAGCCUAUUGACAUCCCCGAUGCCAAGAAGAGGAACAAGAAGAAAAAGCGUUGCCGGGCAACUGAUAGUUUCUCUGGACGUUUCGAAGAUGUCUACAGACUGCAGGAAGAGGUACUAGGGGAGGGUGCCUAUGCCAGAGUGCAAACAUGCAUCAACCUCAUCACCAACAAAGAGUAUGCCGUCAAGAUCAUUGAGAAAAGACCAGGUCACAGCCGCAGUCGUGUCUUCCGUGAGGUUGAAAUGCUCUACCAGUGCCAGGGCCACAGGAACAUCUUGGAGCUGGUGGAGUUCUUUGAAGAGGAAGACAAAUUCUACCUGGUGUUUGAAAAGCUCAGAGGAGGCUCAAUCUUGGCACACAUUCACAGGAGGCAGCACUUCAGUGAGCAGGAAGCCAGUCUUGUCGUGCAAGACAUUGCCAGCGCUCUUGAUUUCCUGCAUAACAAGGGAAUGGCACAUAGAGACCUGAAACCUGAAAACAUUCUCUGUGAGAGUGGAGACAAGAUUUCACCAGUCAAGAUCUGUGACUUUGACCUUGGUAGUGGGAUCAAGUUGAACAGUGACAGCUCACCCAUUUCCACGCCUGAGCUCCUCACUCCUUGUGGCUCAGCGGAGUACAUGGCACCUGAGGUGGUUGAAGCCUUCAGCGAGGAGGCUACAAUUUAUGACAAGCGCUGUGACCUGUGGAGCCUUGGAGUCAUUCUUUACAUCAUGUUGAGUGGCUACCCCCCCUUCGUUGGCCGCUGUGGUGGUGACUGUGGCUGGGAAUUUGGGGAGCCAUGCCACACCUGCCAGAACACAUUGUUUGAAAGUAUUCAGGAAGGAAAAUACGAGUUUCCAGAGAAAGACUGGGCUCACAUCUCCUCAAGUGCCAAAGACCUAAUAUCCAAACUUCUAGUUCGGGAUGCCAAAAGCCGUCUGAGUGCCAGUCAGGUGCUUCAGCACCCAUGGGUGCAGGGUGGUGCUUCUGACACGCUGCCAACAUCCAUCUUGCAUCAAAGAACCAGCAAUGCCCGAGAUCUGACAUUGUUUUCUGACAAGGCCAUGGCUGUAAACCGGCAGCUGGCUGAACAGGAUGGCAUGGAAGAGCAGCAGCAGCAGGAAAUACCAUUUGUUGUAACUGCUAAUGGCUCCUCUAUGCGCCUCUCCCCUCCUUCCAACUCCAAGCUGGCCAAACGUAGGCAGCGAAGCAGCCAGCCCAAGGGUGGGCCCGUCUCUGCUGCGGAGCUUCGUCAGCUCUUGGCCCCUCUUGUUAUUGUGGGAGACUGUGCCUGAACUUUUUCAACCCUGACCUCCAACCAUCCAUUAAGAUUAAUUUCCAGAUUCAAGACUUCCCUGAGACAUAACCUCCCCAGUGUCGGUCCCUCUCUCCGACUCUAGCUGGCCUUGGUUCCUCUACCACUCAGGCUUUAUCGCCUCGCUGUAAAGGGAGAUGCUGCUUUCAGCCCUUCCUCUAAAUGCCUUCUGCUCUUCUGCAGCACUUCUGAAGCACAUCAACCCAGGGCCUGCAUAUAGCAAACAUGUGUGCAUGCCCAGGUUGGGGGAUGAGGGACGGUUCAUAAUUUGGGAGAGAGAAGUAUUUUCUAAGUUUUGCUUUUUUCCCAUGCAACUCAGAAGAAAUCAGAACAUUUGUCUUCGAAAUUAAGCUCAGACACCAAAGGACAACCUGCUGUGCUGCUCCCACGUUACAACUGGAUCCACUGUGAAUUAAGUUAUCUGGAAUGUUCUCUUUGCCUGUAUGUAAAUGCAUGAAUGGCCUGUCUGCAGAUACGUACAAGCUUAUGCAAUAUGCCAAGAUGAAGGCUGUUCUUGUCUUGAAGUGAUUCAGUAUAAGGGGUUGGAAGGGCUUUAAGCCGAUGCUGUCCGUGCCUGGUGCAGCCCAUAAUGUGGCUGGAGUAGCUUCAAAGGAUUUUUAUUUCAUUCAUUUUUAGAUAAAUUCCUCAUUACUGAGCCCCUUCAGUCUGAGUUAACCUACGCACUCAUCCAGCUUGGUGGCUGUGCACUUAAUGCUCUGAGAGCAACGAAUGUUUGUCUGUACCCAGCUAGCCCUUAUUUACUGUUGCACCAAAUUAUACUAUUUGUUGUAUGACUAAGCCAAAUUAUCAAUGGCCAUGCUGUUCAGUGUUUGAGGUCAUCAGACAAGUCUAACAGUAUUGACUUGAUCUAUAUUUCAUGGGUUUAGAUACAUGGCCAUCCAAAAAUGAGAUGGGAUCAUUUGUUGGUACAAACUAAUAAUACAGUAUGUUGAAAUGGCUAGGCAGGUGAAACUGGGUCAUUGUUACUUUCAUUGUUAUCUGUAACUUUUUGUCUUUUUGUCCCCCUUUAUAAAUCAACAUAUGCAUUAGAGUUGACCUUUAAUAUUUUUGUAGUAAAGGUUAGAACUCCCACGGGUUUGAAAAGCACAUUUUGGCCAAUGUGACCUGGUUGUCAUUUGUUAUACAUAUUUGGACCAUUGUGUUUUUUUUCUUUUUUUUUUUUUUUUGUUUUGUUUUUUUAUAUAUAUGUAUAGGGUUCAACGUUGUCUUAAUUUUGAGACACACCCCUGUCAAAGAUGACAUUACAAAUUCUCAUUACAAAAUGUUUUUUUCAAAAGAAGAAACAUUAAAAAAAAGGAAAAACAUUCCACAAAAAGGAAAAAAAAAGUCUUCCACAAAUGUGUAGCUGUAUUAAGUUUACUUUAUUUUUCAUGUUUAAAAGCUCCAUGUCAAUGUGCCACACUGAUAUAUAUAUAUAUAAUUUUUUUUUUGUAUGGCUGUUAAUAGGCUUUUAUUUUCUAUGGUGAUUUUCAUGCAGGUGCUGUAAGUUCAGGUGAAACACAGGAUGUUUUAUUUUUUUUUCUAAGUUCAGUAUGUGGUGUAUGAGUUGAAGAUGGAAAUCGUUUUAGUUCAUAUGGAGCGUUCAGGCCCAGUGACUUUUUUUCCUCCUUUCAUUUUGUGUGAGUGUGUAAUGUGUAAGAGUUGGCAAUAAUUCAGUUUUGUUUGUUUUUUUUGGUUCAGAUUAAGUUGAAGCUCAUUCUGAAACUGACAGGUAAUGGUCUGGUGAUGAGGUGUUCUCACAACACUGCAGCCAUUUCACCAAAGAGAGUUCAAGUAAUGAAAUUGAACAUGUGAUCAUCACCUCGCAGUGGGAUUUGGGGAACUUCUGAUUGUCCAUGUCCUGUUGCCAGCACUGCAGCAGCGGUACUCUGGAAGUGGGUGUCCAAGGACCCACUAUGCUGUUAAUAGGACACUGUAAUAGUUUGAAAAAUAACCUUUCUACAGAUACAUUAAGGGGUUUUAUGUCUUAUAAUAAGACUUACUUGAAUUUGUGUAUGCAGCUGUUUCUUCUCCAUUUGGGAAACUACUUUGCUAUUAGUAAUUUCAAAGCGUUAAGCUUAUAAUCAAGGCAAUCUUGGAGUUUUGAAAAUACCUAUACAGUUCAGUAUUCUACCUUUUUUCUCCCUUUUGAGCAUCAAAUAAGUUGACCCCUACUUUUGAUAGGGUUGGAUACUUAAACGCACAGAUUCUGGCCAUACUCUAACAUCCUGAAAGAUAUGAGUUUUACUGGUCCUCAUUUCUACUUUUCGUCAAAUGGCAGAAGCGUUUGGACUGCCUUUUACUGGGGGAAGGGACAAAUAACCUUAAAACUCACAAUUUUAUAUUAUAUUGUUUGAAGUAAGGAAGUGUUCAAAUUCAGUCCCUCGACCUCCCCAUUAUAUGAAUGUAGCCCAGAGGCAAAACCAUUUACAAUCCAGCAACAUUGGUCAAAUGUUCUAUGUAGUUCAGUUCAUGGACUUGUGUGGGGUUAUUCCAUCUGUUGAUACAGUCCAAGCUUUUGUUUGAGAGAACACCCAAUGUUAAUACUGUCUCAAUUGCCCCAAACCCAUUGUGCUCAUGGGUAGAAAUAUGAAAGGAAUACAUCCUUAUACAAGUACACAAACAUUUUGAUUUAAAAUAAGCACUUUACUGUACCACGUGAAUGAUUGCAGUUCACUCAAGGCAACAUUUAUGACAGUUGCAACAGAUUUUUGUAAUGUUUUUUUUUUCUAAAAAAAAAAUGCAAUAAAAUGCUUUGAACCACA